ACACAUGACGUCAGACACAAGCCACCAUUGGUGCAGGAAAUAAUACAAGACAGACCACAACUCACUACAAACAUCCACCUCCAGCCACAGCACUCAUCUUCUGUGGAUCCACCAUUGUACAGGACACAAUACAACACCUGCCACAGCUCACUACAAACAUCCACCUCCAGCCACAGCACUCACUCUCUUCGGAUUGUCUUUGGAUCCACCAUUACUCUUUGCCAGUCUGUCAGGAACUUCUCAGAGCCCAGAGAGCCCAGAACUACAUGCUGCGCGCAUUGUAUUCACCAAGCGGACGGCCGACCAAGUCACACCACUGGCUGCCAUGCAGUUUGUGCUCCAUCGAAUUCAAGAUCGCCAUAUUUUGUUAACGUACAGCUGGGCAGAUGAUGUUGGCCCUGUUUUGGUUUAGAGGUCAGUGACUGUGAUGACACCAACUUCCACUCAUGAGCCGGAAUGACUUGUUGCUGCCCACACGACAAGAGGGGAAGGGGGAGGGGUGAUAGUUUCUGUAAGACUCGACUCUCGAGUCACAGAGGGAUGAGUGACAUGAGACUAAACAGCCAGCACGUACAGCGAGGGUGGUCGAGCCGCACCUGCUGCAGGACUAAUUCUAUAUUGCCUUGACAGGCCGAGUCGACCGCCAAUCCCGCUUUGAUCUCCUCCGGAACAUAAAAAAUCCUGUUUCGGCAUAGAUCAAAGAUAAUGGUCAACGGGGAUAAAAUAAAUUCUACUGUUCAGUUUGAGCUAUAUACCGUUCUAGAACUAACCGGGGUGCAACUACCUAAUAACAGUAAACUACUAAAAUGCCACAUACAAUAAGUUCAGGGAACAGUCAAAGCAUUGAAAGACAGGAAGGAGAUUUGCCUGAAGUACCAGAUGGCCCUGCAUAUGAUGUCAGCUAUCAAUACUACUCCUUACCCACCUGGCGUUUCACCAACAUCCUGCGUUUAAUUGUUAUCCUGGAUGGCCUGUUGUGUGUCAUUUUAUGGCUGUGUGGUGGUGACACCAAGUACUUUGAAGACAAUAUUGUUCACUUCCAGUUCACCCAGUCAGUAUUUGAUAUUGCGAUACUGGCAAUUGCCAAAACUGUAAUUCUUAUCAUCAUCUCUGCAGCAAUGGAGGAAACAUCCUUCAAGCUUCUUGAUACACCUUUUGACUCUGAGCUGGAGAAACGAGCUGUGCAGUUACAUGUUGCAAUCAAAGUUGUGCCGCUUGCCUGUCUUGCCUUUGGCAUUGUAAAGGGAGCAUUAAUUCUUAAUGCACUUCUCAGUGUUUCAGGAUACAAGGCAAUGCAUGCAACAUAUGAUGCAGCAUGCAUAGCUUUUAUAUGUUUCUCACUUUUAGAGCUGUUAAUAGCAUUAUUCAGUGGUCAUGCCAUGCGAAAGCUGCAGCUUCUGAGAGUGUUACAUCAGUUCAACAGCACUGGUCAGGAGCUGGAUGAAAAUGGUCAUGCCAUUCAUAAGAAUCCAGGCCUGCUAAAACUUCUUUCCCUUGCAAAAGGGGAAAUACCACUUCUGCUGGGAGGACUCCUAGCCAUGCUUGGUUCCAGUGGCUCACAGAUUGUGGCACCACUGUUAUUUGGCAAAGUUGUUGAUGCUGCUAAUAAAAGCAUAGAUGAGCUCAAUGAAACUGUAUUGAUUCUGCUUGGAGUGUAUGUUGGUGGUGCACUUGCCUCAAUGGUUCGUGCCUAUCUCUUUGUUUUGGCUGGUCAGCGCAUGGUUGCUCGUCUCAGAAAGAAACUCUUUGGCAAGAUUGUAACUCAAGAUAUUGCUUUCUUUGAUGUCAACAGGACGGGAGAAUUGUGCAACAGACUGGCAUCAGACACCCAGGUUUUGCAAAAUGCUGUAACUGUAAAUAUCUCCAUGCUGACCCGUUACAUGUUACAAAUACUAGGGUCUUUAGUCUUCAUGUUUAUCUUGAAUCCAUCACUAACAGGAGUCCUUCUGGCAGUUGUUCCAGUUGUCUCUUUGACUGCUGUGAAGUAUGGCAGAUUUGUGCAAAGAAAACGUAAGGAGUUCCAGGACAAGCUGGCAGAUGCUGGCACACAGGCAGAAGAGGCCCUAUCCAGUAUUCGCACAGUGCGCAUGUUUUCAGGUGAAAAAAAGGCAAACGACCUCUAUGGUAAAGACAUUGAAAAAAGCUACCAGGUUGGCAAGCAGCUAGCCUUGGCUCAAGGCACAUUUGAAGGUGUUAUUGGAAUUUUGGCAUAUGGCGCAAUCACACUGGUAUUGUGGUAUGGAGGCAAACUGGUGUAUGAGGGUAAUCUGUCUGCAGGAGUACUGACCUCAUUUCUUUUGUACACACUACAAGUGGCCAUAGCAUUUGGUUUGCUCUCAUCCCUCUAUGGAGACUUUAUGCAGGCUGUUGGGGCUUCUGUCAGAAUCUUCUCACUUCUUGAAAGAUCUCCCACUAUUUCUAGUGAAAAUGGAAAGAUUCUGCCCAAUCUUAAUGGAUAUGUUGAAUUUAAAAAUGUUCGGUUCACUUAUCCGUCCAGGCCAGAUGUGGAAGUCUUGAAGGGUAUUUCCUUCACUGUGAAACCUGGUGAAAUGGUUGCACUGGUUGGACCUUCUGGUGGUGGAAAGUCAACCAUUGUCAGCCUUAUUGAGCGCUUUUAUGACCCAGACUCUGGCACAAUAUCCUUAGAUGGGUAUGAUAUUAAGUCACUAGAUGCCUUAUGGUUCAGACAGAAGAUUGCUAUGGUAAGCCAAGAGCCAACACUGUUUGCCUUCUCCAUUCAAGACAAUAUUGCUUAUGGGUGUUGUGCUACCGAUGAAGAGAUUACAGAGGCAGCCUGCCAGGCCAAUGCCCAUGAGUUUAUUUCACAAUUCAAAGAUGGCUACAAGACACUAGUGGGUGAACGCGGUGUCAGACUUUCUGGUGGCCAGAAGCAGCGCAUCGCUAUUGCUCGUGCUCUCAUCAUCAACCCAGUGCUGUUGCUGUUAGAUGAGGCCACUAGUGCUCUUGAUGCAGAAAGUGAGCAUCUUGUGCAAGAGGCUAUUGAUCAUGCCAUGAAGCACCGCACUGUUGUUGUCAUUGCUCAUCGUCUUUCAACUGUCAGGAAUGCUUCCAAGGUGAUCGUUAUUGACAAAGGAACAAUUGCUGAGAUGGGUACCCAUGAUGAGCUGAUACAACAGAAUGGUGUCUAUAAGCGCCUUAUCUUACGGCAGUUGACUGUUGGGUCUGUUGAUGAGACCUCCAGAAAAAAUCUCAACAGUGGUGGUUCUGGAGCUACUGAAGUCUUUCAAGAGCCUAAAGGCAACAUUCAGACUUGAUUCGCCACAGAUUUGUUGGUGUAAUAUGCAUGAAUGUGACUGUUCUGUUUUCUCUGACUGUUUUUAAAUCUAGCUGAGAUGUUUAUAUUUAGGAAAACAGGAAUCUUCAUAGCUAGUAAGGCAUCAACCUUAGGAACAGAAUUGCAUCAUAUAAUCUACAUAAUCAAGUAGCUUAAAAAAAAAAAGACUUCCCUUAAAUGAUUCCACAUUUUCUGCUUCAUGAACCUGAGGAUCUUGUUGAGAAAUCACUCUCUUAUAUUUACCUGUCUUCUGCAUAAACAAUUACUGACUGGUAUUUACAUGUGUCCUCUGUAAAAAUGUGUCAUCAUUGGAUUGUGAUAUAUGUUGCUGGUGUGAGUGCACAAAAAUUCAUCAAAUUAAUCCUUCAUCCUUGAAAAUUCUACUAACUGUGAAGAGUAAGAUGUUUAUAAUAUAUAAAGGCAUAUAGUUCUACUUUUACAAAUAAAUUAUUGUUGUACAGACCAGAAUGAAGAAUAUGUAAACACACUAUCAUAUAGUAAAUAAAUAUUAGUAUAAUGAAUGCAAAAAAGAUGAGAAUUAAAAAUGUGUGAACACACUAUAAAUAAUUAAAUAUUUAUGAGUGAAAUAAGUGCAAAUGCAGGCUGUAAUGACGGAGCUUGUUGAUAUUUUUGGCAGAGAGUUUUUUCCUGUCAAUAGGCCAUGCAGUUGUUUCAUCUUUCGAUGACUUAAGAAGUCAUUGUAAAGCUCUAUGCUCCGUCACUUAUUGCAGCACGAAGGCAUAUUUGUGCUGACUUGUAGUUCUGCACUUGCUUUUGUCUGUAAUAGCUUGAUAGGGUUCUGUCCAGUACUGGACUCAGGAUAUAGUCCCUCUAGAUCAGGGGUGGGUAAUUAAUUUUCCCAAGGGGCCGCAUGAGAAACUGGGAUGGUUUUAGAGGGCCAAACUAAUAUAGUUAACUCUGUUUUACCCAAUAUACUGUAUAUAUAGUAUAUAUACUGGCGGGCGGGCCAGCUGGCGGGCCGGUCAGAAACAGGAGGCGGGACGGAUCCAGCCCGCGGGCCACGCUUUGCCCAGAUCUGCUCUAGAUUAUAAUGAGAAAUGUUCUAUUUGAGGAACUGCUUCUAGGCUGCUUCACGAGACUGGUAGUCAUGUAGUGGGGGGUUAUGAGAUUCAAUUCUGCAGACAGCAAACCUAUGAAAAGCCCUUUUAAUAAUACUUUACAACAGAAGACUCAAUAACCAUGGGUAUUGUUGGUGCCAUCAGAUUUUGCCAAUCUGCACAACUCUGGAUUCGGUGCUCUGAUGAGUCUACUGACAAUGAAAUUAGCCUUGUCCUGUUACUCCAGGGGAAAAAAGUGUAAAACUAAAGAUUUAAAACAUCCAGUAGAAUAGGUUAAGUUUUUUGGUAACCUUGAUGUAAAUUAAUGUACCCAAAGGUUGUGAGCGGGUGAUUUUAUUCUCCCUCACAUUAAACCAGACCAGAAAGAAUUUUCUCGUUGUAUGUUUUGGUGAGAAAUGAUAUGUACACCAUAAAAACUUGUAUGGUUGCACGCCAUGAAAUGCCACUGUAAUCUGUAUCUGCACCUCUACUACGUUUUCAGCACAUUUACUACUGCUAAGCCUUACCUCUGAAAAUCUGUACCAGCUUGAUGGGGAAUUCUUCCCCUAUUAGAUUUAUUUUUGAUAGUUUUUUUAAGACCAGGUAUUCUUUCUAAAAUGAUCACAAGUACUGAAAAGAAAUCACCUCUUAAUAGUUUUACUUGUUCUGAAUAGAAGCCCUCCCUAGGUCUUGAAAUCUGCCAGUCUGUUGCUUGUUUCUUAUAUGGAAUUGCUUAUUUAUACAUAUAAAAAAAUCACCAACAUUUUUGGACAUGCAUUCCAAGUGUACUAUCUGAGCAGAUGUACUCUUCAUAAAGUGCGUUCCUUUUGCCAUCUUAACUAUCACAACAUAAUCUAUGUGAGCAAUCAUUUCGUUGAGACAGAAAACAGUAAAAAAAGCAUGUUUUAUUAUCACAACUGCUUGCAUGUGUGCCUUGUUAGAAGAUUUGUGUAAACUUGUGAUAAUCUUUUUCUACAUCACCCACCAUUUUCCCACAUUGGUUUUUGUGUGUGUGUGUCAGUUGUACUACUUCAUACGAUUAGUUGGCAGCUGAUGAACAGCUAUGUCCCAAAUUAACAGCCAGUUUUACCAAAGUUCUUAUAUCAAAUCCCUUGUUUAAAAAAUGUACUCUGUGAUAAUAAUGGUGAAUUUUAGAAAGACAUUUUUAUGCAGAUACAAUCUACUGAAUAUGAUUAUGAAAUGUUUUGACCUAAAUGACAUGAAUAUGAUACCUCAUUUUUACUCUGUUUGCUCAUUUUCAAUAAAUGAUACGUCCAGGAUAAUGGAUCUAAAUAUCUAGUACAGCAUCUGUGUCCACUUAUUAAAAAUGUGCAAAGUGAAACCGAGACACUAGCCACAAUAUUAAUUCAUUUUUCACCUUAUUUUUAAAAUAGCCGUGGUAGAUGUUUCAAGUAAAUGAUUAUGUAUGUGCAUGUUUUCAUUUCUAAAACAUAAAGGUGGUGUGCUUUGAGUAGUUGAUGACACUCUUACUUCUUUGCAACUUGAAAUAGUUUAAUGUUUUUCCUUAGAUUUUCUUCCAAUAUUUUAAUUUGUGUAAUGGUAUCAUUGGUGAUGUUUGCUAAAAUUGCUGCUGAUGGUAAUUAUAUAUUGUAUCACUUUACACCUUCAAUCAAUCUGAUCUCAUUUUUGUUUUUCUUCAUCAUUUUGUUUUUAGUUAUCUCUGGUUCAUUUUGUUAAUUGCUGUAUUUAUUCUCACAUUACCAUUCUUGGCAUACUUAAGACCUCUGCCAAUUCAUCUUUCUGUAGUUAAACUUUAAGGUAAAGCUUGCUUGGUCCUUACAUUGUUGUUGUUACUCUGCCUGAGUAAUUUCACAACGGUCCGGUGGCGCAACGGUUAGCGCCUAUCACCAAUGCAGUGAAGGUUGGCUGCCCUGAGUUCAUUUCUCGUCUCGCGCACACUGUUCUUUCUCUGCAUGUGGCAUCUGUUUACAGGGCUGGCUGCCUUGCCAUGAUAUAGCCUUAGUUGCUGACACAGCAUAAAACACCAAUCCCCCCCCCCGAGUAAUUUCAUGACACCUCAAAUCAUUGUACAAUUAAACCCAUGCAGAUGAGGAAUUCAGGAAAAAAUGGAUGCAAUGUAAUCUAAGAAACAUUUAUUAAUAAGAAAGUUGUCUUUGGAAAUGGGCUAAAAUGUUCUGAAAUGAUUAUUUUAGUUUUCCAGCAGCAUACUUCUGUAUUUACAAUCUUUGGAUGGUAUGUGUCAGUUUUGCACACAAACACACACAUAUAUAUGUUUGUGUGAGCACACACAGAAGCAAGCAAAAUAAAAAUGCAAGAGCAGUAAAUAUGCUGUUGCUUCAAAACACUUUAAUAUGGUUGAAAUUGCAAUUAAAUGUUUCUUUUGCUUGUAAUAUAUUUUCAUCUGAAUGGAAUGCUAAAUUACCUGGACAAGUCAUAAGAGUAAUUCCUAGCAGCAUAUUUGCGUUAUUUUCCAUCUCACACUACCCUCCUCCCUUAACCACCACCAUAACCAUCCUUGAACACAAAAGCACAGAAGGGCUUGGGUUCUGAAUGUGUUUCAAGCAGCUUGUCCAUUUCUUUCCUCAGCUCAUAAAAAUCUUGUCCUGCUGCUUGGUAUUAAAUUUAUAAUAUGAUGCAAAUGUUUGAGAGAUUUUUAAUAAAGACAUACAAGUA